AUGGCCAAAUACUCCAUCCACAAGCUCGCCAAAGUCGGCUCCCUCAGCCCACGAACAGUUACGUCCCUGACAGCCGAAUUAUCGCAAAUGACGAUUGGAACAGAUGCAAGGAGGAUAGUGCAAGACAACAUCAAAAGAUUAAAAGACAUUGGGUCAUAUCGCGGUCGACGGCACGCCAUGGGUCUGCCAGUGCGCGGUCAGCGAACACGCACGCAGACAGCUACGGCCAACAAGCUCAACAGGGUCGAUCGCAGAUCCUAA